AUGGAACCACAAAAACACUCUUCGGAGGUGGAUGGCCGCAAGGAUACCCCUAAAGUAGCGAAGAGCAUCAGCCAAAGUCUGGAUGAAAAGCACGAUAGUGAGGAGGGUUUGACCUCUGAGCUCAUCUCCGCUGGCUCUGAGCACCUCCAUCGGAGACUAGGAGGAAAGGAGAUCCAAAUGUUGGCGGUGGGUGGCGCUAUCGGAACGUCCUUGUUUGUACAGAUGGGAGCAAGUUUGCCAAAAGGCGGUCCAGCGGGCCUUUUCCUGGGGUUUGUUGUUUACGGAACUGUCAUCUGGUGCGUCAAUCAAUGCUUCGCCGAGAUGGUUACCUAUCUCCCUAUCGCGUCACCUUUUGUCCGCUUAGGCGGAUUCUGGGUGGAUGAUGCCUGGGGCUUUGCAAUGGGAUGGAACUAUUUCUUUCUUAUGGCCUUCGCUAUCCCGUAUGAAAUCACGGCAGUCAAUGUGCUUCUUACCUAUUGGACCGACAAAAUCCCAGUGGCUGCAGUUAUAGUGAUUUGUUUCGUGAUUUAUGCUGGGCUCAACGGGCUCGCGGUCCGGUAUUUUGGAACUGCCGAGUUUUACCUUGCCAUCUUCAAGGUCUUCCUUAUGAUAGGGCUCAUCUCCUACACCUUUGUCACCAUGGUUGGUGGCAACCCAGACCACUGGGCCUAUGGUUUUACUUAUUGGAAAAAUCCGGGUGGAUUUGUUGAAUACCUCGUUCCUGGAAACACCGGACGCUUUCUCGGAUUCCUUUCCUGUAUAAUCCAGGGUUCCUUCACUAUGGUCGGCCCUGAAUUCAUCGCCAUGACUGCUGGCGAAUCAGAGAACCCUCGAAAAUUGAUGCGAAAGGCUUUCUCUUCUUUCGUCUGGCGUCUCCUUAUUUUCUUUCUUGGCGGCGCUCUCUGUGUCGGGAUUGUCAUUCCUUACAACGACAAAUUAUUGCUCCAAUAUAUCGAAGGAACUGAGGGUAGCACCGGAGCUGCCUCCCCCUAUGUCAUUUCAAUGGUACAAUUCGGAAUUAAAGGUCUUCCGUCCCUAGUCAACGCUCUGAUCCUGACGUCCGUUAUAUCUUGCGGUAACAAUGUUGUUUAUUCGUCUAUCCGUACACUCCACGGUCUCGCAGUGGAUGGCAAAGCGCCGGCUGUCUUUGCAAAGUGUAACAGCUUUGGUAUCCCAGUCUACGCGACCAUCGCAUCGCUCGCGUUCUGUUUUCUUUCCUUUUUACAACUCGGCAAUACCUCCGCUACUGUCCUCAAUUGGCUGGUAGGAAUCUGCACGGCGUCAUACCUGAUCAACUACUUCGCCACUAUCGUGACAUAUCUGCAUUUUUACGCUGCUCUCAAACGUCAAGGCAUCGACCGAAACACCUUGCCCUACCGUGGAUUCUUCCAACCCUAUGCGGCGUAUUAUGCCGCAGUGAUGACAUUUGUUAUAACCUUGAUUCUCGGCUACACUGUGUUUAUUCACGGCAAUUGGGAUGUCACGACCUUCUGUACCUCUUACCUUAUGGUCGGCUUUUUCAUCGUGGCAUUUGUGUUUUGGAAGGUCGUCAAGCAGACGCAAUACGUUCGGCUGGGGGAGGCAGAUCUUCAGCUUGGAGAUACAAAGGCGCAGAUUGACCUCUACGAGGCAAUGUAUGAACCGCGGAAAAGAGGCAAGAUUUCGGGUUGGCUCAACAGCUGGUUCGAGUAG